GCUGGCUGAUGUCCGGGCAGGUCAGCCAGGCGGGCCCGGUCUGAGGAGAGAGGAGAGGAGGAGGAUCACUGAGGAGGGGAGAACAGAGAAGCUGUGCUGUUUAAAAAAACGACCCUUUUUUUGAUAUUUAUUUCUUUCCGUAAGUUGUUGAAAAGCCUUAAUCCUAAAGAUGGGGAACCGGGUUGCCCGCGAGGACUACGAAUGGGUGUACACGGACCAGCCGCAUGCCGACAGGAGGAAAGAGAUCCUGGCCAAAUAUCCAGAAAUCAAGUCGCUGAUGGGUCCUGACCCGAGGCUGAAAUGGAUUGUGUGCAUGAUGGUGAUGAUACAGUUUUUAGCUUUCUACCUGGUCAAAGACUUGGACUGGAAGUGGGUUUUGUUUUGGACCUAUGCCUUUGGCAGCUGUAUCAACCACUCAAUGACCCUUGCUAUUCAUGAGAUCUCCCACAACACGGCCUUCGGAAACAACAAGGCCAUGUGGAACCGCUACUUUGCCAUGUUUGCCAACCUGCCCAUUGGCCUGCCUUACUCUGCCUCCUUUAAACGCUAUCACCUGGACCAUCAUCGCUACCUGGGCGGCGACGGCGUCGACGUAGACAUCCCCACCGAGUUCGAAGGCUGGUUCUUCUGCACGCGCUUCCGGAAGUUCGUCUGGAUCAUUCUGCAGCCGCUGUUCUACGCCAUCCGUCCCCUCUGCAUCAACCCCAAACCUAUCUCUCAGCUGGAGUUGACCAACGUGGCCCUCCAGCUCACUUUUGACAUCCUGCUCUACUGGCUGUGGGGGGCCAAGCCUGUGGUCUACAUGCUGGCUGGAUCCAUGCUGGGGAUGGGCUUGCACCCCAUCUCGGGUCACUUCAUAGCUGAGCACUAUAUGUUCCUCAAGGGCCAUGAGACCUACUCCUACUAUGGCUCCCUCAACCUGCUCACCUUCAAUGUGGGAUACCACAAUGAGCACCAUGACUUCCCCAGCAUCCCGGGACGCAGGCUGCCCAUGGUGAAGAAAAUAGCAGCGGAGUACUACGACGACCUGCCUCAGUACACCUCGUGGGUGAAGGUCCUGUACGACUUCAUCAUGGACGACACUCUGAGCCCGUACUCUCGAAUAAAGAGGAAACUGAAGGGAGAUGUCAAACAGGAGUAACUUUACUUGAAAGCUUCCCUGGAACAAAGCUGCAGCGUCCACACCACGACGGCAGCCCGGCUCCCCAUCCUAUAAACCUAACGGCUUCUGCAGAUUAAUACAUUGGACGUGUGAAAUAAGGGUGGAGACGUGUGUCUUGAAGUGUGCUUCGCCUCCACAGGAAGAGAAAAUAGUUUGAGAUGUUUGUUAUCCAGGUGAGGAAAAACCAAGACAAAGUGGUGUGAGAUUAAAACCACAGAGCUGAUGUGAUUAUAGGUGUUAGCUGGGACUGGCUGCACAAAGACUUGGGCUCAGAUCAAACAAACUUGCCGUGUAUUCUGAAUGAAAUAAGACUGUUGGCUAGAGUGCCAUGAAAUUUAUGGGGGUUAUGACAUAUCCCUCAGCUUCAAGUGUACUUAGCAUGGUAGCGUAUUAGCCGGUGACCAUAGGAAGCAGUAGCAUAAAAUGUGUUACUGGAUCCUAAAAACCUUCUCCCUUACUGACUGCAUCCCAGUAAGAAACCACUUGUCAGUAGCUGCUCUGGACCAGUAAGAACAAAACAAGACUGUGCCUGAGGUCUCUCUGCAGCCAGCCCCAGACACUGUCACUCAGACAGCUGUGCAGCCCAGCUGAAAGUAAAGCCACGUAUGGAUGAGGUUUGUGUCCUGCCACAGAGAUUAAAACUCCCCUCAAGACACGUUUUAAAGUAUGUAUAAAAUACUCGGCUACAUUAAUAUUUUCUUUAACAUGCUUUUCCCACACACACAAAAAAAGAUUUUUUUUAAAAAAACUAACUUUAGUGCAUUUACGCUUACUUGCUCAUUCUGGAUCAGGCCUCAUGCAUCAACCAUCAGUGAAAGAAAAGCACGUGUCAAGUUAGCUACCGUUACCUUCAACGGAGAGAAUGAGCCAUUCAUGUUAAAGCCUCAGUCAAACCCCAGACUUAGACGAGGAGUCUGUUAUGGAUCAGAAUUGGCGACAGGCAGACUGGUAAGAUUGCAUAUUUUGUUAUAUAUGUUAACUUGUAACUAGCAGCAGCUGACACAGCAUCACCUGUUAUGUUAAAGCAUUGUUUCGCUACACUGACAACCAGAGGUUUCAGCUUUCUUCAGCCACACCCUGCAAGUUAUAUUUUACUCAUGACGUGUCUUGUAUCUUGUAAAGAAAAGUCAAAUGACCGUGUUAACAAGGCUGAACAUUUUUCAUUCCCAGUUUGGAUUUGACAGCACCAGCGUGUGUGUCGAAGUGGACCAAAGUUGAACUCUGAGUGAAUCCACUCAUAAAGAUCCUUCCAUAUGAACUGAACUGUGGCAACACGUUGCUGUCAUGUCUGUUUGACAUCACAUGUAUCGAGUUUAAGGGGAGGCUAGAGUUUUGCCCUUCUCUGGCCCAUGACCCUUGUUUUUCCAACUGCUCUGCUUUUUAAACAUGUGACACCUUAAUGUACUGUGACAUUAUACAACCUGUUGUCAUGCCUGCAUUCAGCCUGAGAGUGUAACCCUCAGGAGGAGAGUCAGUUUGAGUGUGAAGUGUGUUACUCAUUAGUGCCUCAGAGCUUCAGUUUCAAUUCUGCCUUCGUGGUCUUAAUUUAAAUGUUAUGAAUUUAUUUGCAUUGAUGAGAAGCUGUAUGCCAAGAAGUGUUUAAUGUUCAAAUCACCAGGCUUGAUGUUUUUGUUUUUUUUCCUCACUUCCUUUAGCUUUAGGUUGUAGAGGCAGAGCUGCAGUUACACCUGAAGUCAUGUCCUCUGUGUUUUAUGUUUGUAAUGAGCACAUGUAGCAACCUGUAACCACAGUACAUAUGGUUGCUGUUGAAUUGGCUGAUUCCACAUUGAUUCAUUCUUUGGUAAACGCUUUUAUCCAAAGUAACUUCCAAGUGACAACAACUUUCAACUUAGGGUUCAGAGUUUUGCCCAAGGACGCUUUGGUAAGCGGACAGGACCAAGCCUGUGUUCAUUGGACAACACACUCCACCACUUGACCCACAGCCGCCUGCCUGACUGUAUUCAGUAUGGUCACCUUUGACUACUGUCAACCACAGUGAAACCACACCACUGAGAGAAGAUCAAUUAAAAUAACAGCUUCUUUUAUCAUAAACACAA